GCCAGCGAGACAGCAACGCGCCAGGCAGCCAGCCAGCCAGAGCUUUCUUCUGGGACCUGUUUGAUGUUCUCCUCCUGCCUUUGGGACCUACCAUGGCUCCUUUUGGAAGGAAUCUCUUAAAGACCCGGCACAAAAAUAGGUCACCAGAAAAAGAGAUGGGUUCUACAGAGCGAGAAAUCGUGGUCUGGGUUUGUCAGGAAGAGAAAAUUGUUAGCGGAUUGACAAAGCGCACAACUUGCACUCAAGUAAUUGAAGCUCUGCUUGAGGAACAUCAAGCCACCUUUGCAGACAAGAGGUUUCUUUUUGGACAGCCCAAGGAUUACUGCAUCAUAGAAAAAUGGAGAGGUUCUGAGAGGGUCCUUCCGCCUCUCACUAAAAUGCUAAGACUCUGGAAAGCCUGGGGGGAAGAGCAGCCUAAUUUGCACUUUGUCUUGGUCAAGGCAGAUGCCUUCCCCCCAUUUCCAUUGUGGAGGACAGCUGAAGCCAAGCUCGUACCAAAUCUUGAAAAACCCUGGGACCUGAGCCCGGCCAAUUACAUGAAGAUGUUGCCAGUGGACAAGCAAAAGAGGAUUGUUAGGAAAACCUUCCGGAAGCUGGCCAAACUUAAACAAGAAGGAGUCCUGCAAGAGAGGGACAACAUAGAGACUCUCAUCCACUUGAUCCUUUCUCAGGACCACACCAUUCACCAGCAAAUCAACAGAAUGAAGGAACUGGAUCUAGAAAUCGAACAGUGUGAAGCCAAAUUUCACCUAGAUCAGCUUGAAGGUGAUGGAGGAAAUUAUGUGCAGGAGUCUUAUUUAAUGGCGACACCCAGUGAUGCUGAAGAGGAAACAGACAUGCCUCACAGCAACCAGCAGAUGCCAGAAAGCUCGGGCAAAGGAGACGCGAUGUUACAAGUGGAAGAAGGACUAAAGCACCACAAAGAGCUUAUUGAAAAGCUCUCUGCAGAAAUUGAACAAGAGGUUAAUGACAUUGGAAGGAACGGAGACAUGCGGACAGAGGAGCCACCUAAGGAGGAAAUGGAGAGUUCCGAUGUAGGAAGUGUCAAGAACGAAUUGGAGAAAAGCAUGAAAGAUGCCUUAAGGAUCCAUUCUCAACUAAACUGCAUCCAGCAGGAGUUAAAAUAUAGGGACCUGAUGCUUCAAAAGAAGGAAAAGGAGUAUGAACUGAUUGUGGAAGAGCUUAAUGCUUUGCACGCUAAGGCCAAAAGUGAAAUCAGGCACCCACCUAAUGAGGAGCAGGCAAAGGACAGUGAAAUUUCCACCAAGGGUUUUACAGGGACUGAUCUCCUUCACAAAGUGACUAGUUUAGACAUAAAUGAUACAGACUCUGAUACUGGAAUCAGUUCCACUCACAGUCAGGACUCGGAAACAGCAAUAGGGGAGACAUUGCUGUUGUCUACAUAGUUGAAAACUGUCCUUGUUUUACUGAGAACAAAUUAGUAAUAUAUAAUGCCCUGGAGAAACAUUAGGAUGAGGUAGAUAAGUAGUAGUAUCUUCUUAUGGGGCCAAGUUCUGGUGGCAUAAGAGCUUCCAAAUUAGAGAACUCCUUGUCAUAAAAAUAAAAAAUUAUAGCUGAUACUCAUAUGUUCUAAACUUACUGAUAGAAAUAAUUUAGUCCGUUCAGCCUAAUACCACAGUUCCUGUAGGACAGUUCAGAGGCAUUUAAUAAUAAUAAAAAACCAAAUAGAUUUUGGUGGCGAUGAACUGAAAUCUUAAUCUAAAUCAGGAAAAGCAGUUACCCUAUGAACCCAGUAUACAUUUGUACGUCAUCUGUUUGUACACCAGUUUUCCGUGAAGUAUCGUUUCUCAGUAUUUUACAUAGAACCCACUGCCAAUGCAUUAUAACAUCUCUGGUGAUGAUAACCUUGCUCACUGCACCAUAUAAAAGACCAGUGUGGACAUCAUAUUAUACAUGUUACAACCUUUGAAAGCUCUUCCCUGCCCUGUGUGCAGAGCAAAGCUGACAAACGCAGGGUUAGGCCUAGCCAUAGAAGAGGAAAGGGGGAUUCUUUGAUGAACCACAAACUCCAUAUACAAUAUACCUGGGACUUUGUUAUUCACAAAACAAUAUUUAGGAAUUUCCACAACAUUGAGUUGCAGUAGCUCCUUAUGAGCACCUUUACCCAUUGUUUGCUUCUGAAAAAUUGGUCUUCCAUCUCUCUGAAGCUGAUGCACAUUUUACAGAUCAGCUGCUUCUUUCCUCCAUAUUAUUCAACUGAAGAGUAAAUGAAGCUUUACAUGACAAAAAUGAAUAGGUUUUACACUGCCACAGGACGAAAUAAGACCUGGGAUCCUUUAUUUGGUAUAUUGCUUAUUGUUACUCCAAACGUCCAACAAAAUGUAUCGGAUAUCAAGGUCCUGGGCAUGAAGACAUAGACAAGAAUGAAUUUCGUUAGCUCCUGAACUGAUAUUUUAGACCAGGCCUGUCAAAAUGCUAGACCCAGGCUUCAAGCAGUAUGUAUGCCAUCUGUU